UUUCUUUCCCCUCUGCAGCAGGCUUUCUCAUCCCUCUGUAGGGACAGUAGAAGGACGAUUAUUUCCUAAGCGAUGGUGCUUAACUGCUGAAUUCUGGCUUUGCUUCGUUAGGCCUGUGGAUAUUUUUUGUCACUCUCUGUUUCUGCAGAUUAAGUUGAACAGGCAAAAUGGACUUCUCCAAGCUACCCAAAAUCCGUGAUGAGGACAGAGAGGCUUUUGUUGGCUAUGUUCAUGGAGUCUCUGGACCUGUGGUCACGGCAUGCAACAUGGCAGGCGCUGCCAUGUAUGAGCUGGUGCGAGUGGGCCACAGCGAGCUGGUGGGGGAGAUUAUCCGGCUGGAAGGUGAUUUGGCAACUGUCCAGGUGUAUGAAGAAACGUCUGGUGUCUCUGUAGGAGAUCCUGUACUCCGUACUGGCAAACCACUGUCCGUGGAACUGGGGCCUGGCAUAAUGGGAGCUAUUUUUGAUGGUAUCCAGAGGCCUCUCUCAGACAUCAGCACUCUGACCAAAAGUAUCUAUAUCCCUAGAGGUGUCAACGUGUCAGCUCUGAGCCGAGAUGUCAAAUGGGACUUCACACCUUCCAAAAAUCUGCGGGUUGGAAGCCACAUCACUGGUGGAGAUAUUUAUGGUGUGGUGAAUGAAAACUCCCUUAUCAAGCACAAAAUCAUGCUGCCCCCACGGAACAGGGGCACAGUUACAUACAUUGCUCCACCCGGAAACUAUGACACUUCAGAUGUUGUCUUGGAGCUGGAGUUUGAAGGUGUGAAGGAGAAGUUCACUAUGGUCCAGGUCUGGCCUGUACGCCAAGUUCGCCCUGUUACGGAGAAGUUACCAGCCAAUCAUCCUUUGUUAACUGGCCAGCGUGUCCUGGACGCUCUCUUCCCGUGUGUACAAGGGGGUACCACAGCGAUUCCUGGGGCAUUUGGUUGUGGGAAGACUGUGAUCUCACAGUCUCUUUCAAAAUACUCCAACAGUGAUGUCAUCAUUUAUGUAGGCUGUGGAGAACGUGGAAAUGAAAUGUCUGAAGUCCUAAGAGAUUUCCCUGAGUUAACAAUGGAAGUUGAUGGCAAGGUAGAAAGUAUCAUGAAGAGAACAGCUCUGGUAGCAAACACCUCCAACAUGCCUGUGGCAGCCAGAGAAGCCUCUAUCUAUACUGGCAUCACCUUGUCUGAGUAUUUCCGGGACAUGGGCUACCAUGUCAGCAUGAUGGCAGACUCCACUUCCCGAUGGGCUGAGGCCCUCAGAGAGAUUUCAGGGCGGCUGGCUGAAAUGCCAGCUGACAGUGGUUAUCCAGCCUACCUUGGUGCCCGUCUGGCCUCUUUCUAUGAGCGAGCUGGCAGAGUGAAGUGCCUGGGAAAUCCUGAGAGGGAAGGCAGCGUCAGCAUUGUUGGAGCUGUCUCACCUCCAGGUGGUGACUUCUCUGAUCCUGUCACAUCUGCUACUCUGGGCAUUGUUCAGGUGUUCUGGGGGCUGGAUAAGAAGCUGGCGCAACGGAAGCACUUCCCCUCUGUCAACUGGCUGAUAAGUUACAGCAAAUAUACACGUGCCCUGGAUGAGUACUAUGACAAGCAUUUUACUGAGUUUGUCCCUCUCAGGACAAAGGCCAAAGAAAUCCUACAGGAGGAAGAGGACCUUGCUGAGAUUGUACAGCUUGUGGGGAAGGCUUCCUUGGCAGAAACAGACAAAAUUACCUUGGAGGUUGCCAAGCUGAUAAAAGAUGACUUCUUGCAACAGAAUGGUUAUACACCUUAUGACAGGUUCUGCCCUUUUUACAAAACAGUGGGAAUGCUUUCCAAUAUGAUUGCCUUUUAUGACAUGGCACGCCGUGCUGUGGAGACCACGGCCCAGAGUGACAACAAGAUCACCUGGUCCAUCAUCCGCGAGAACAUGAGUGAAAUCCUCUACAGGCUUACCUCCAUGAAGUUCAAGGACCCUGUCAAAGAUGGUGAAACAAAAAUCAAGGCAGACUAUGCUCAGCUGUUUGAAGAUAUGCAGAAUGCGUUUCGCAGUCUGGAAGACUAGACUCAACUUCAGUGACCACUCCAGUUUGUCCUCUCAAUUUCUCAUCUCAACUCCUCUGCUUCCCUACCUUACAAGAAUGAUGCAACAGUACUUGAUAAAUAGCUCUGUGUUUCCCCUGUUCAUACUCAAGACAGUGUCCUUAUCAAACAUUCCUCUUAGUUGUGUUUGGCAUUGCUUUGUGUGUCUGAAAUGGUGAGUGAAGUGUGAAUGGGCCCAGCUGAGUGAGGGAAUGCUGUUGUACACUUCUAGGGUGGGAAGAAUUUCACCUUGCCUCUCCCAGCUCUCUUGGUAACUCGUCCUUCACCUUGAGACGUAACCAGUUGAGCUGUACCAGCAGAGGAGGUGUAGAUCUUAAUGCAGUCACGCGGUACAUUCUGAGCUGGCAGUGGUAAGGUCCUCUACACCUGGCACUCUGUGACAUGGCUAUCCUGACAUAGAAUUCCCUAUUCUCAAACAGAAUUUUUGACCAUAUUCUGAUGACAUGUUGAUGGAACCAAAAGUUCUCCACUACUCUGCCAGCCAUCAGCUGAGUCUUUACAAAAUGUGGUAGCUAUGGAUCUCCCCAGGAAGGGACUAACUAGAAGAGAAGCGUGCACAAGCAGCCACUAAGCUUUUCUGCUCUGGAGAAACAGAAUUUCAUCUUCCUACAGCUAGGACUGUUUGGCUCAGCAUCAGGUAAAAUCUAAGCCAUAGGUGCUCAGCUGCCAGCAGAGUUUUACCUUCUUGCUGCCCGCUCACCCCAUAAAAUUUUGUGACGCUGAGGUGCUUUAGUUUGCGAUGCUUUUGACCACUGCUGCGUACUGCAAGGUGCAGAUGGCAAGUGGCAACGCCACGCACACGUACUGGGACCUUCCUCUGGUGCUGCAUCCCAGCACAAUGCCUGGCUCACGUGUGUGCUCAGCCUUCCUCCUCCACCUGUGCUCAUGUGGCCUGUUCGGUGGUGGCACAGAAGGUCCCCAGUUUUUGCAUAAGAUGAAUGUAUGAUACUAAACUGGGGGUAGGGGAUGAACAGGGGGAAGAUGGACAAGGACAAAAUCUAUUUACUUCUACCUUGUUAAUUAGGAUGCAAGAAGAAAAAGAGAGACUCUGGUCUCCUGCUCUGCAAGCAUGCUUCAGAAGCAGCCAAACCUGUUGUCCUGGGAUUGUUUACAGGCAAACCCAGUACAAGAUGAGGAACGAGUGCAGGGCAGUACUCGGCACUCGCACCAUUACGGCAGCAAGAGAAAUGCUGGGGCAUCCUCUCUAGUCUCUCCCUUUGUCAGGUGGCACUAGGUGCUUCUGGGUUCCAGCUGGCAUUUGCUGCUUUGUUACAGCCAGGGAACAGUAACCCCUGUUGGUGACAGUGUGGCAGCAAAGUGGCUAUAUGAGCAUUAAUUGUGCACUGAAUUAUUUCUACCAGCUGACAGCUUUGAACAUAAGUGAUGCAAAGGGAUCUGGGGCUACGGACCAAAUGCUGCCACUUCCAUUAUGGGAAUCGACUUGCUGUUUGUCAGGGAGAAACUCAAAAGGCAUUGACUAUUUUUGGUUCUCCCAAAAGAAACUACUUCUCCAGCUGAUAUUCUGGUAGUGAAUGGUUUACAGCUCACUAAACUCUUGGUGUAUGCUGCUUGUUUUACCAAUGAGCAUGUAUGAAUGAGUAGUCACCAUCCAGGCCCUUGCUGGGCUCCCUCAUUGUUCGUACCCCUCACCACUGUGCUGCGUAGCAUUUCAUGCUAGAAACCAGAUGUUCUUAUCUCUUUAGAGGAUGUUAUAAACUUUACAGAAGAUGUCUAAGAUAAUGCAGGUCUAAUAUUUAUUGUGCUGUACCUGGCCCUUAAGUGUGACCAGUUCAAACAGUUUCAUAUAUUUGUCUCUUUUUGUUUUGUGUCUGUUUUCAGUGUUGAGAUUCUGAUGUUCACUGUUUCUUGCAAGUCUUCCCUCCGCAGCUGUGGGAGGAACUCAAAGAUGGGCAGAACUCCACCACCUACUUUAUCUUGUAAAUUUCAUAAUGUAUGUUGCUGGAAAUUGUGUAAAAAAGAAAAAAAAAAGAAAAAAAAUGUUGAAAUGAAUGAAAAAUAAAGUUGAUUUAAAGUA